AAAUUAGCAAACCCACCAUCAUGUUACAGGAAUAACUUAGUAAACGGAUAUAGAAUAUUAAUUCCAUUGUUAAAACCGCCUAUGUACUAUCUAAGUUGUGUAUAUAACAAGCCUAGAUGGCGACUAGAAAUCGAGUUGAACAGCAUCAAACAAGAUACAGAAACACAAACGUAAAGACACUUGCUAGAAGUUCAUUGAACAAACUAUCCAUUCAAAAUGCGAUCUCACGACCACCGUCUCAUUGGGGCAGCCAAAAACAUCCCCGUCAACCCUCAAACUCCCGUCUUUUCAUUCAGCCCUAUCGUUCUACCCUUCUCAGACCGACCUCUUGACUUGGACUUGAAAGUUACGGCCCCUGCAACUGGUGACGCUCUUCCAAUAAUUCUGCUCUCUCACGGCCAAGGCCGAAGCAACAACCUUAACUCCCUGGAGGGCUAUACCCCUCUUGCUGAAUUCUGGGCUGCGCAUGGGUUUGUAGUGAUUCAGCCUACACACUUAUCCUCUUUAUCAAUCCCGGUCGAGGCACCCCCAAAAGGCAAUGAGUACUAUUGGAAAGACCGUGCCCAGGACCUAGUCAGGAUUCUCGAUGAAAUUGACACCAUUGAGGCAGCUGUCCCUGGACUAAAGGGGCGGUUGGACAAGACCAAGGUUGCCGUCGCAGGACACUCCCUAGGAUCAUGGACAGCAAGUCUGGUUUUAGGCGCCAAGAAUAUCGAUUCACGAGACGGGACCGCCUUUGAGAAGUUCGAGAAACGCAUCAAGGUCGGGGUAUUACUUACCGGCACGGGAAAUGCAGGCGAGGACCUUUCGGAUAUGGGACGCCUCAUAGUUCCCUUUUAUGGACCUGACUUCAGUGAGAUGAAGACACCAGCUCUUAUUGUGUGUGGAGAUCAGGACGUUAGCCCGCACCUGACGACCCGCGGCGCCGAUUGGCAUGCGGACAGCUAUCACCUCUCUCCAGGUCCCAAAGACCUGUUGUGGCUCAAGGGAGGAAAACACGGACUUGGAGGCGUGAGUGGCUGGGAUGCAGCAGAGACGCAGGAUGAGAGUCCCGAACUCCUAGGGGCAGUUCAGCGAUUGACAUUGGCAUAUCUGCGAAGUGCACUCUACGAUGAUAACUCUUGGGACAAGGCCCUUGAUGCAUUGAAGCAGCUUGGUGAGCUGGGUACAGUUGAGAGCAAACGAUGAGUAAAGAUGAGUUGGUUCAAUGUUAAUAAGUUGGUUCUAAGAGCUGUCGAUUCCGUACCUACCUGGGCAAUCUUACAGGAUCCAUAUCCAUAACAUUCAUUAUUAUCAUUAUAUAACUAGAUAUUUAAGUUAUCUCCUCUCUAUAGAAACGGCGUUUCAUAUCA